AUAGUCAAAUCAGCGUCCUAUUAGCUGUAUUUAUUUUAACAAUAUACUAUUAAAAAUUGUAUUUCUUCGAUUAACAUUUAUUCUGUAUUAAAUAUAAUGUUUUAAACAAACAAUUCAUUUUCAUAAUUUAAACAAUAAAUGUGUCCAAUUUCGUCAUUUAGUAGAAAUAUCGUCACCAUGGAGAGUGCUUGCUGUAAAAAAAUAUUUUAUAAUUCGAUAUUGUGUUAACUUAGUUCUGAAGCGUUUUUAAAAUGUCUAAUAGAAUAUUAUUUGGUUUUAUAUUUUUUUCAUAGCAAUGAUAUUACUCCAUUGUCUGACUAGGCUUCCCUAAAAACGGGAAAUCUUAGACUUUUGCUUAUUGUUUUAACAAUUUUACAGGUUUGUUUUAUGUCCGAACAUCGUUCUUUUAGAAUGAAUGGAGGAAUGGAGCACAAAACACCAGGCCACAAUGCAGUUCUUCACAAGGGACCUAAAAAUUAUAAACUUCUAAUAGACCCAUUCCUAGUAAAGGGAGCGACGAAAGUGUACAGAUAUGAUGGUACUGUUCCUGGUACGUCUUACCCGUCGAUACAUUGCAGAGACCCGAGACCUCAACCGUCCAGAAUAUGGAAUAAAUUAGAACCAGCAGAUUUACCGAUACCUAGGUUUAGAAUUGAUAAGAAUUAUGUUGGUGUUCCGCCACAGUUAGAAAUAACUAUUGUAAAUUUGAAUGAUAACAUCGAUAAAGCUUUCUUGUCCGACAUGAUGAAUAAAGUUGGACCUUAUGAAGAAUUGACAAUAUUUUAUCAUCCGAUGACUAAUAGGCAUUUAGGUUUUGCUAGAAUUGUAUUUCAGGAUGUCAAAUAUUCCAAAAUAUGUAUCGAAAAAUAUAAUGGAAAAUCUGUCAUGGGGCAGGUACUUGAAGUUUUCCAUGAUUCAUUUGGUAAGAAGUGUCAAGAGAUGUUUGAAGAUAAAACGGUGGAGAAAAAGCCCCAGCCGGCUCCGAUCAAGCCUCCCGAGGAUGCCCGAGUGGCCAAGCUAGAUCCAGCUCUCAGCAAGAGAUUAGAGGAUAGCAAACUAGUUGAUAAGGACCCAUACCUUCGCAAGGAGCUGGAACACAAUGACAGCAACACAAGAUGGUCGGAUGAUGAAAGGGACAGAGAGUACAAACAUCGCCUCCGCAGUAGAAGUGAGAGAGACAGAGAUAUUGACAGAGAUAGAGAUGGCAACAGAGAGAGAGAAAGACACAGAGACCGCUAUGCCCGUACCAGUGAACAGAGUGAGUCCUAUUCCAGCGCCCACGUUGAGAUACCGUACGCUCCAACGCCAGUACCAUACGACCCAUACUACCAGACCCCUGGCUAUGGAUACGGCUACGGCACGAGCGCCGGCGCUGUUUGGUGGGGGGACUGGAGACAGCCGCACACCUCUCACCAUCACUCACAUUCGGAGCAGAGCAGCAGCAGCACGUGGACGGCCGCGGGCGAGCCGACCCCCUCCCCGCGGCACACACCCCUCGCGGCCCCUCAAACCCCGUACACGCCCGCGCCCCCCACUCCGCUCCCGGAAAAGGAGGUGAAGUGUAAGCCCGAGGAGCCUCUUCCUCCGAGUACGUCCGUCGUCAGCGACCCUGAGCCCAAGCCGCCUCCGCCCAGCGACGAACCCAAGAACGUCGACCUUGACACAAGGAUAGCUUUGUUGCUGAAGGGAGCCAGCGGCGGAGGGGGUCUGGCGCCUCCCUUCCUGUCUCUGGGAAUGACCUCUGAAGAGGAAGACGAAGACAGGAAGCCUAGGAACAUACCUGACCUGGACACACACAACCCGCCGUCAGACGAUGAAGGUUCUGUAAGUGAGGAUAGAGAGAGUAUAAUAUCAUUGAACCAGAAUAGAGAAGUUAACCUGGAACCGUUGUCUAAUACUCCUUCACCAUAUCUAUCAAGAGAGUUCUAUCUUGAAUGUCUUAAAGCGACGGUAGAGAGGAAAGCAAAAGAAGAGGAACGCAAAAAGUUCCCGCCAAUAGACAAAAUAGGUUCCGAUAUAUCGUCGUCUGAAGACGAACUGCUCACUGGGGAGGAACCACGACGUUCACCUGUUAACCCGCCCGAUAGAGAUCAAGAUAAUUUGGACGAUGAUCAGAUGUCUUUAUCGUCUCUGUCGUCAACGGAGGCCAAAAUCGAGGAGCAAGUCCCCGCUGAGGCGUAUUACUACCCGCCCGCACACCCGCAUUACUAUCAGGCGAUGUGGCCGACAACUGCCUAUCCCCCGGGUGCUGUGGGCGCCAUGGGGUCGGUUGCCGCUAUGGGGCCCGUGGGAGCGGUGGGCCCAGUGGGCGCGGUGGGCGCUGCAUACCCAGCCGCCGGCGAUAUGUCAUUGUAUGCUGGUGGCUUCGCUCCUCCCGUGAUACACAGCUACCCUCCACCACGCACCGUCACUCACGAGGAGCUCGACAACCCUUACUACCCAACAAUCAAUAGUGUGAUAGAGCGCGUCACGACUGAGCUUAAACAAAUACUUAAGAAGGAUUUCAAUAAGAAAAUGAUAGAGAGCACUGCCUUCAAGAACUUCGAGGUUUGGUGGGACGAGCAGAGUCGGAAGACGAGACAGACUGUGAAACAAACUAAAGAAGAUGUCGGACAACCAUUACAAGAUGUAUCAAAUAAGAAGGAGGAAUCGGUGGAUUCAAUAAAAUCUAUAAUGGAGUCUAGAGAUCUGGGUCUAGAUCUAGGCGGGUACAGUGUUGGUAUUGGUCUUGGUCUCAGAGCGACCAUACCAAAGAUGCCCAGUUUCAGGAAGAAGAGAAAAAUACCUUCGCCUGUUGUUAUGGACGAGGACUCCAGUAAGAGACUGAGUGAUCAGGAGGAAAUCGUCCAGAACUCUGACGAAGAGAAGGAAGUACCGACCAGUCCUCGGAAUAGGACAACAGGUUCAUACCUCUCGACUGGCAGAAGAAGAGAGUCGAGCAGCUCAUCGAGGUCUUCGUCGUCGUCAUCUUCGCGAUCCUCUUGGUCGGGCUCGGAGCGCUCUGUGAGGAAGGUCGCCCCAAGAAUAUACUCCGACACAGACGACUCGGACCUCGAAGACGCUGAAGUGCAGCAAAUCAAGUUGGUGUCCAACAAGGAGAGACUCAGGCGAGUAUACUCAUCGUCGUCGGACAGUGAGGAAGAACAGAGAAGAAGAGAAAAAACACCGAUACCGGAGGUGGAAGCAUCAGACGACCGCCUCGGUUCACCUAUUCUGUCGCCGGAAGAGGAACCCAGAGAUACAAUACUCGAUCGUGUAUACUCGGACUCUGAGGAAGAGAGGGAAUACCAGGAGCGUCGCCGUCGUAACACUGAGUAUAUGGAACAGAUCGAACGAGAGUUCCUCGAGGAACAGCGUCGAGGACAACAGACCUCUGACACGGAUGCACAGCAACAAAACGAUAGUAUAACGGAACCGAAACAAGAAAAGAGCAGAAGUAGUCCAAGCAAGAACUAUCUGAAAUCACCUGAGAAGAAUAAAAUGGCAGCUGAGGGUGAUGUCGAGGAAGGUGAAAUAAGUUCAGACGAAGAACCUUUAGAAGUUAGAAGAAAGAAGGAGAAGAAACAGAAAAAGAAGACUGACAAGAGACGAAGAGUCACAUCGGUCAGCGACCACAGCUUUACCGAGUCUGCGGUUAGCGUGAAUGGCGUUAAGGAGGCUAGCGGUGCUGUGUCGGAGACGUCUUCGCCUCAGUCGCAGGCGUCCCAGGCUUCUCAGGCGUCCCAAGUGGCGUUGGACCACUCGUACUGUCGCCCGCCGCCCACUGAACGACCUACCACUACACAUCUACAACACGAUCACGGUUACACUUGGAUGGCUGAACCGGAACCGGAAGCAGAAUCGCCACCAGUCGCCAUGGAAGAGAAGAGACGGGAGAAGACGGAGAGACCGUACAAGAGAAAACAUCAGAAUAAAAAGUUAUCUGAAAUCCAGAAUAAAUUGUACGACGGUCGCGAUGAUUAUAACCAGAAGUACUCGUCCGUGACAUUCAAGCAGCGCGAUAUAAUGGCGGAGGUCCAAGUGAUGUACGAGUUCCUCACCCGCGGUAUAGACAGAGAGGAUAUAGAGUACCUCAGGCGGGCAUACGAGGCUCUGUUGGCGGAGGACGCUCAGGGGUACUGGCUCAAUGACACCCACUGGGUCGAACAUCCGCCCACUGACCUCACGUACUCACCGCCCAAGAAGAAAUCCAAGCGAUACAAUAACAUCUACGAGGACUUGCAAGGCCACUCGAGCGGUUCAGCACGUACGGAGGGCUACUACAAGAUGGACGCCAAGUUGAAGGCGAAGUACAAGUAUCACCACGGAAGAACCGCUGCGUUACCCCCGCCUGAUGAUAAGAAAGCCAGCAAGAUGCAGCUGCUGUCGAGAGAGGCGCGCUCCAACCAGAGGAGACUGCUCACGGCAUUCGGAACCGACACUGACUCAGAUCUCCUCAAGUUCAAUCAGCUCAAGUUCAGGAAGAAACAGCUCAAGUUCGCCAAAUCUGGUAUACACGACUGGGGUCUCUUUGCUCAGGAGGCGAUAGCGGCGGACGAGAUGGUUAUCGAAUACGUCGGUCAAAUGGUCCGUCCCAUAGUAGCGGAUGUCCGCGAGGCUCACUACGAGGCCACUGGCAUCGGUUCUUCAUACCUGUUCCGUAUAGACUUGGACACUAUUAUUGAUGCAACCAAGUGCGGUAACCUGGCGCGUUUCAUCAACCACAGCUGCAAUCCAAACUGUUACGCAAAGAUAAUAACUAUAGAAUCACAGAAGAAAAUCGUCAUAUACUCGAAACAGCCCAUAGGAGUCGACGAGGAGAUAACCUACGACUACAAGUUCCCGCUCGAAGACGAGAAGAUACCUUGCCUGUGUGGAGCGCCGCAAUGCCGUGGCUACCUUAACUAGCGCCGUAGAUGUGUAGACUAUUAUAGAACCAAUAAACAACUUUAUACUAGUUUGUAUUUGCAAGGAGUCACGAUAUAUGUGACAGUUUUAUAUAACGUUUUCAUUGGCUAUUAUAUAGUUCUUGGUUUUAAACGACAUGACUGUUGAUAGGAACAGUUGUAGCUGUGAACUUCAAGGUAACUUAGAUUAACAUUUAAAUUUAAGAUUGGUGAUAAUUUUGACACUGUCAUUAGUUGCUAACAUUUUGCGAACCUAGUUGCCAAGGGGCUUGCAAAAAUUUGAUAACAUAAUCCAAGGUAUAUUUAAGGUAAUGAGAAUAAUCAACAGUGCCCAGUCGGUCAUUGUAUGUACAUCGAAAUGUCGACUGAAAUAAUAUAUAUAGCCGUCGAUAAAAUCUGCGCUUUUUUGUCAUAGUACGUGUAUAAUAUGAAAUCUCAAUAUGUGUAGAGCCACGUGCUAGGAAAUUGUCUGAAUCUUGGUCUGUGACUGGAUGUAUAUAAUUCAUAUGGGAGCAUUUCUUUGUACGUGGGUGACGUCCAUAAUAAUCUUACAUUACUUUAAUGAUUAAGAGAAAACGUCUAAAGGCCUUAUGAAUACCAGCUGAAAAACUUGCAGAACUGCCUCACAAUAUUAAUAUAAAGUAAUGUAUAAAAAUAAUAGUAGUAAUCUGUGUGCUUGUGGCGUGUGGUUCUGAUUUGUUAUUUUUUCUUAUAUUCAAUAUGGAGAAAUAAAACAUUGUAUGUAACGGGAAUAUAAAACUGUGUCUUGUAUUAUAUAUCAUAUUUUGACUGAUACUCGAGAUAAUUAGGGCAUAGAUUUCUGAACUUGCAUACCGUAUAAUUUUCGUUGUACAUUAUUUUGUGAAUAACUAUCUCUGCCGUUCGUCAGAUUUUGUAGUACAGUUUUCAAGUACAUUUCCUACUUUGUUAUUUACUCUAAUUGGGGAAGUUCUUUCAUGUGUUUCAAUAAAUUAACCAACCCUCAAAGUGGGCUAAGCUGAUUUUACUGAAAUUUUAUUAAUCCUUCCAAUUGCACUUCAUACUAUGUAAUGUAAAGUAUAAGAUUGUAAAUAAAGAAAUUCCGACAAUUUUA